UCCGCAUUUUUAUUUACUUCAUGUUUAGUCGCAAGGGUGCAGCACUUAUCGCUUGUUACGUCAGACAAUAAUGACGUGCUAAUGGUUAAUGGCUUCUACUUACUUGAGCUACCUUUAUGAGAAAGCCAAAUACAAUCCAAAGAAAAUUCAUGAGAUAUGAUGCAUCGGCUAGUAAAACUAUAAAAAUAUGAUUGCCUGAACAUUUAAUUGUUACGAUAGCUAUUAAUCUUUAUCAAAUUUUACUCGUGGCCUACGAAAUAUGUGUUAAAACUGUUUACUGAGCAACGAACGUAACCAUUACAUCCAUCGCUACGUUGGACCAGCUCGAUGCAAAGAAAUUCAACAUUUAGCGUGAUAUUACAAGAUUUAUAUUGCACUAGGUGACAUGCCUAGCGGCCGUGAUAUUGAAAGAGCUGAACGUAAUGGAAGAUUUCGAUCACGUAGAAGAGGAAGUACUAGCAGUGAUAUAAAUCGACACGGUUUUGAAGCAUCUGAUAAAAAACAUAGAAGGCAUGGAAAAAACAAAAGUUCUGGAAAAAAGAAGAAGAAGAGAUCAAGAGAUAAAUCCAUAGAGAAUGUGCCAACUGUUGCUUCUUCAAUUGUUAAACCUUUGGUUGAAUAUUCAGAUGUGAGUAGUGAAGAUUUAUCUGAACCAGAAGCUGGUGAAAUUCAGUCAGAAGAUAGUAGAGGUAAUAGCUAUACAGAUGGAGAAGUACCUGAACCAGUUUUACAAAGACGUUAUUAUGGAGGAAGUCCAGUACGUGCUCUUGGAGCAUCUCCUAUUAGUCUUUCACCAUCUCCACCAGUUCAACAUAGGCAUUCUAACAGACAUUAUUCACCAAAUGAGCAACAACCUUCAACAAUGCAUGGUGGAACACCUGAAUAUGAAGAAGAAUCUAGACGAUAUGCAAGAAGAAGAAAAAAACAUAAACGAGAAAAGAAAAAGAAAAGAAGCAUCAGUCCUUCAUCUAGUUCUGGAAAAAAGAAAAAACGAAAGUCUAAAAGACAUUCUCGUAGUUUAAGUCCACAUCGUAUUACAGAUGAAAUUAUUAUAAGUCCAGAACAUGAAAAACCAGUUGGAAAUUGGUCAGAAUCACCGCCUUUACCAUUAAAAGACAGUACUUCGCCAAUAUCCCCUGCCACACCCCAAGAACAAAGAUGUUUAAGUGAUGUAGAACUUGAAAUAACAAGACAACCUCGAAAUGUAACUCCUCCACCACUUCCUCCAAGACCAACUGAAUCUCCCCAUACUCCUUUAUUACCUCCAAGAACAACAACACCAGAAAAUAGUAAAGCAAGUUUGUCCACAAUGAAACAUACUCCUGAAAGACAGAAGCAUAGUCCUAGUAUUCAUACACGACGUAGUAGUAUUAGUCCAGGGCCCACUAUUAGCUCAAGUCGUAGGAGACCUCAUAGUCCAAGUCCACCAUCACGUCGAAGGGACCAUAGUCUAACGAGAAGAAGAGAUUUCAGUCCAAGUCCAAUGGUGCAUAGACUCAGGCACAGUCCUAGUCCUUCUACAAGACGGAGAGAAUUUAGUCCGAGUCCUGUAAGUCAUCGUCGUAGAGAUCCUGUUAGUUCUCCAUCUUCGAGUAAACGUAGACGACGAGAAGAAUCUGAACGACGACAUAGACAUCAUGAAAAAGAUAGAAGAGAUAAAAAAUCGAGAUCAACUAGAAGUCCUACUGGAAGCAGGUAUACGAUUAUAUUAUUAUUGCAUUUACCUCUUUCUCGUUCACGUUCGCGAAGUCCCGGACGAUGGCGAAAAGUACAAUCACGAUCUAGAUCACGUUCACGAAGAAGAAGUCGUACUCCGAAAAAAUCUCGUUCUCCUAGCAAAUCACAUAAAUCAGCAAGAAAACACAAAUCGAAGAGUCCACGUCCUUCGAGAAUACCUUCUCCUUCUCCUCAUAGAUCCAGAGCAAGAAGUCCUUCAAGUAUUACAGCAAGAAAUCUUCGAGUACAAGCAAAGAUUAGUGAAACUAGUUUAUUUGCUGAACUUGUAAAAGAUAGAAAUAUGAGAGAAUUAGCAUAUAAAAAAUUACAAGCAGCUAAGGAAAAGGCUGUUACUCAAGAUGAAGUUCAAAUUAUAGAAGGCACUGACGAGAAAGAUGCUAGUAAUGCAUCUUCCGAAAAUAAACCUUCCACUGACAAUAAAGACAAAUAUAUAAAUCAUAAAGAACAAUUAAAGACAACAAAUGAAAAUAUGAAACCUGUUGAUCUUGUAGAUAUUCCUGUUCCAAUGUCGGAUGAUAAUGGAAUAGCAGGAAAAACUCCACCAUUACCAAUUACACAAACUGUUAAUACACCAAGUGUAAUACAUGGAGCUAAUCAGCAUCCUCCAAUUAUUGUAUAUACUUCGCCUACAACUACAACUAAUGUUUGUCCAGUGACUGUUACAAGCAGUCCAAGUUUUCCAGCUGUUACAAAUUUGCAAGCACCACCAUUACCACAAUCUGAGUCUGCAAAUGCAGCAGGUUUAGUAUCUAUGCCAGUGCCUAUUCCUGUACCAGUACCUGUUCUACCUAAUUUAUCUGUUCCACCACCACCCAUACCUAUACCAGUUCCAGCACCAAAUACAGCUAUGUCUAAAUUUAAUCCUCCUAACAAUUUAGUUCCUCUUAAAUCAGUAGAUCCUCCUAAACCUCCUAUUGUGGCAUUUAAAACUAAAAGUUUAUCACGAUUACCAUUACCACCUGGAAUUAAUCAAAAUGAUUUAGAAAGUAUAGACUCACCACCAAGUCGAUCUCCAAGUCCUCCUAGUAAGGCACAAAUGAAAUUCCCAGCUUCAACUCCAAAACCACCACAGAAGAAGGGUAUUAAAGAUUUACCUAUGCCACCAGUUGUUCCUGGAUCGGAAGAUUUAAGUGGAGAAGAUGAUCCAAAUGCAACACCACCUCGUACGAAAGUUGAACAUGUCCCACCAAAACCGAAAUUAAAAAGACCAAAAAUUUUAAAGCGUAGAGGUUCUAGAAAUUGUCAUACUCCUAUGUCAACUUCGAGCGGUAAAGAUUGGGGAGAACGUUCUGUUGAUGUAUUUGAAUUCAUAACUCAAAUAGGAGAGGGUACUUAUGGACAAGUUUAUAAAGCUCGGGACAAACGAGCUGGUGUACUUGUUGCAUUGAAGAAAGUUCGUCUAGAAAACGAAAAAGAGGGAUUCCCUGUUACAGCAGUACGAGAAAUUAAAAUCUUACGUCAGCUUAAUCAUAAAAAUAUUGUAAACUUGAGAGAAAUAGUUACGGAUAAACAAGAUGUAUUGGAUUUCAGAAAGGACAAGGGCUCAUUCUAUCUUGUAUUUGAAUACAUGGAUCACGAUUUAAUGGGUCUUUUAGAAUCUGGAAUGGUAGAUUUUAAUGAAAUGAACAAUGCAAGCAUUAUGAAACAGUUAUUAGAUGGAUUAAAUUACUGCCACAGUAAAAACUUUUUACACAGAGACAUCAAAUGUUCUAACAUAUUGAUGAAUAACAAAGGGGAAGUCAAAUUAGCCGAUUUUGGACUUGCGAGGCUUUAUAAUGCUGAAGAUAGACAGCGACCUUAUACAAAUAAAGUGAUUACUUUAUGGUACAGACCACCCGAAUUAUUGUUAGGUGAAGAACGUUAUGGUCCUGCAAUAGAUGUAUGGAGUUGUGGUUGUAUUUUAGGAGAAUUAUUUUCUAAAAAACCAUUAUUCAUUUAUUGUUAUUUUUAUUAGGCAAAUGUAGAAAUGAUGCAAUUGGAGAUGAUUUCCAGAGUCUGUGGUACUCCAACUCCUGCUGUUUGGCCUUCUGUGAUAAAACUGCCAUUAUGGCGUACCUUGAAACCAAAAAAAUCACAUAGAAGACGUUUACGAGAAGAUUUUUCAUUUAUGCCAGCACCAGCUCUGGAUCUUUUAGACAAAAUGUUGGAAUUAGAUCCAGAAAAACGAAUAACUGCUGCUGAUGCGCUUAAAAGUGCUUGGCUGAAAAAUGUUCAACCCGAGCAAAUGCCUGCGCCUCAGCUUCCAACUUGGCAAGACUGUCAUGAGCUUUGGAGUAAAAAACGAAGACAUCAGUUACGAGAUCAACAAGAAAGUUCCGCCGGAAAGAUGCCUCUUCUUCCGCUUCCAAAUAAAGGAGGUCCCCAUAAGGCUAUUGAAGAUCUAUCUGAUGUCGGGGGAUCUUCCAAACGUUUAAAAAUGGAAGCAGGUUACAAUUCUCAUCCAAAUCGUCUCGGUACGGAAUCCCACUACGGAGGAGAUAACUUGUUCAACCAAAGCAGACCUUAUAUGGUUUCAUCACCAUCAUAUUAUUAUACUAGUCCUCCACCUGUUACACCACGACCUAAGGGAGAUACUAGACCUUAUAUGGUCUCAUCACCAUCAUACUUUUAUGUUAGUCCACCACCUGUUACACCACGGCCCAAAGGAGAUACUAGCUCUCAUAUGUCAGAAUUAUACACAGAAGAUAGUCUUGUUCGAAGAUUAAGUUUACUCACAAAUGCAUUAAAUCAGGGAAAACCAAUUCGUGUUGAAGAUCUUAUGUCACUUCGAUCAGAUAAUGAAAGUGAUCCAAAAGUAAUACAAUUAUUAGGAGAACUACAUGCUGAACUUCGACUUGCUGCAAAUUCAAGAUCAAGUGGACUAAUAGAAUCUCAGCUUCCUGUAUUAAAUCCACCACUUUUAGAUACAAAUGCAGCACAGUCAGGAAAUUUUGAUGCACAUGCAGUUUAUGCUGGUGAUGAUGCAAUGAGUUCUGGAAGAUGGUCACAAGUGGCAACAGCUGGUGUUCGCAGUGCAUUAUUAGCGCUUAUGUCGCGCUAUGGUUUGGAAACUUGCAAUCCUUCCCCUGUUAUCACCCGACCCCCAGGUAAACCAAUAUCCAACCUAACACAGAACCUUUCCUUACCCUCAACUUCCUCUCAAUCAGCAUUCAGCUCAUAAUGAUUUGUAUAUAUAACUCUUUACAGCGUUCUAAACUAUGUUCUGUAUAAAGUUGGAAAAAGGUCUAAAUUGCUAUUUUUUAAAUUAACUAGGCAUGGAAGUACAACUGCAUCCAAGUUGUUUAUAGACUACUCUCUGUUCAUAACUGUAAGUGCACAUUCGGUGUAUACUUGUAUAUAAUGGAUGUAUUAUUAAUACGUGACCAGUUACUUAAUAUAGUACUUGUAUCUUUAAUAAUAACAAUAUGCUCUUUAUAGUGCACACUUAUGCGAUAUAUGAAAUAAGAGCUUUAAAGUUUAUAUUAAAUUAAUAUUUAUCAUUUUAUCA